ACCUUCUUCCUACAGCAACCUUCCAUCGUCCUCAUUCAUCAAGGGUACUCAUUCAUCAAAGGCAUCGAUUGCCCUGGGACUAGCCCACCGACACCAGCAUCGCCUACACGCCAACUUCCCGUUCUCCCCCGCAAAGCCAUCAAAAUGCGCAGCAAGUUCAAGGACGAGCACCCCUUCGAGAAGCGCAAGGCCGAGGCCGAGCGGAUCCGCCAGAAGUACUCUGACCGCAUUCCGGUCAUCUGCGAAAAGGUCGAGCGAAGCGACAUCGCCACGAUUGACAAGAAGAAGUACCUCGUACCAGCGGACCUCACCGUCGGCCAGUUUGUUUACGUCAUCCGGAAACGCAUCAAGCUAUCUCCCGAGAAGGCCAUCUUCAUCUUCGUCGACGAGAUCCUGCCACCUACUGCGGCGCUCAUGAGCAGCAUCUACGAGGAGCACAAGGACGAGGAUGGGUUCCUCUACAUCACGUACUCAGGCGAGAACACCUUCGGCAACUUUGAGACCGCUUGAAUGGGGGUUCUCCAACCUCGUAUCUGCUUUGGUCGGAGACGGCUUCUCCCACGCUUUUCCUAAGAUGUGUUCACGGAGUUUCGGGUAUUGUUUUGGGACGACUGGGACGACGGGUUAUGGGAGAAUAUGAACUGGAUAUUCCCUUUGAACUGCGCUUUCGCUUGACUCUCACCCGUGAUUGGGGCUCAGGAGGAUGAAGAAGGGGAAGGGAUGGCACUACCCGCGGGCGUAGGCGCAGCUGGCACGGGAGCGACUCCGAACCCUCGACACGGCCUACUGUCGGGACUUGGCAGGAAGUGCCGUUGGCGAGUCCCUGCUACGCGACACGAACCGAGUGCCUCUCCACGCUCGCCACGUUCCCCAUUUCCUAGCUGUGUCUUCCAUUCAGGACCAACAGUCACAGGAGCUGCGCGAGCUCCACCAGCUCCGGCCUGGCACGAUCGGCAUGACUACUUGGUUCCUGUCCACCCUACGGCAGGCGUUCAACCAGAUGGGCGGCGGUAGUUCCCUGGCGCCGCGAGAGCUAUUGUGCUGUGACAUAGGAGCUGAGCAAUACACCUCAUUGCCUUCCUUCAUACAGAUCUUGUAUUGAACUUGAACCGCGUGUCAUGGGUAACAGCUAGCUCACUCAUUCAAGUAUGAUUACAUG